ACCUAAAUUGAAACGGGUUGGAAAGUAGCGCCAGCCCUACCAGGCUACCACCACCACUAUCCCCACUCCCCCCGAAAUCCAACCCAAAGCUUCUUCAUUCCACCGCUCAUGUUUUCCUCAUCACUCUCAACUUCCCUUCCUCCAAAACCUUACCUCUCUCACCCACUCUCCCCCUCACUCCACCAACCACCGUUCCCUCACUCUCGCCCUCCGUUUCCUCCUUCCAUUCGCUGCGGCAUUAGGGAACUCCGAGAAAGAAUUGACAUCGUUAAGAACACUCACAAGAUCACUGAAGCAAUGAAGCUCGUCGCGGCCGCCAGGGUCCGACGGGCCCAAGAAGCCGUCCUAAACGGCAGACCCUUCGCCGAAACGCUCGUUGAAGUCUUGCACGACAUCAACUGCCGUCUCCGAGACGACGACGUCAUCGUCCCCCUAACGGACGUCAGGCCCGUCAACUCCGUCGCCCUCGUUGUCGUCACCGGAGACCGCGGCCUCUGUGGCGGUUUCAAUAACGCCGUCUUGAAGAAAGCCGAAGCUCGGAUCCAACAGCUACACAAGCUUGGCUUGAAUUGCGUUGUGAUUAGCGUUGGGAAGAAGGGGAACGCGUUUUUCAGCCGCAAGGGAAGUGUUAGGGUUGAUAGGUUCGUUGAAUGUGGGAGCUUCCCCACUGUGAAAGAAGCUCAAAUCAUUGCUGAUGAGGUGUAUUCACUGUUUGUUACAGAGGAGGUUGACAAGGUUGAGAUCGUUUACACCAAGUUUGUGUCAUUGGUGAAGUUUGAUCCUGUGAUUCAAACUCUGUUGCCGUUAACGGCUAAAGGCGAGGUUCGCGAUGUGAAUGGGAACUGCAUUGAUGCCAUUGAUGACGAAUACUUUAGGUUGACUACAAAGGAAGGGAAGUUGGCAGUGGAGAGGGAUGUUGCUGUCAGGGAAUUUGCUCCGCCACCGAUUAUGGAGUUCGAGCAAGAUCCGGUUCAGAUUCUUGAUGCUAUGUUGCCUCUGUAUUUGAACAGCCAGAUCUUGAGGGGUUUGCAGGAAUCACUAGCGAGUGAGCUUGCUGCUAGGAUGGCUGCAAUGUCUAAUGCAACCGAUAAUGCCGUCGAAUUGAAGAAGAAUCUGUCGGUUGCUUAUAAUCGUGAACGGCAGGCAAAGAUCACAGGGGAGAUAUUGGAGAUUGUGGCCGGAGCUGAGGCACUAAUACCAGUUGAUUGACAAGUUGCAACUUUUCUUGUCAUAAAUUUUGCCUUGAAAUACCAAACUCUGUUAAUUGUUAUAUAGAACAUGGGAUUAUGAAGUUUGUCAACAUUGUUAAUACUUUUAUGUGUUGUUGUAUCAAAGUGAAAAUAUAUUUAUGCUUUUCUUGAUAUUUCAUACUUAUUCAGAUUGCUUAUGUUUUGCUAGUUUUCUAACCAAAUGUAGGAGUUCACUUCAGAAAAUUUGGCGAGUCUCAACGUUUUAAACUAUACUAAGUUUGGCAGAUAAUAAAGGUUUAGAAUCAAAGGUCUACGUGAAUUUCUUGGUCUAGAAAUGGCUAGAUGUCAACAGGGUAUUGCAAUGUAACAAUGCAAGUAUACUUUGGACUUUCUUGUUGAGUUUGGGCUGAUGAAUGCCAAAUCGGCCACCACCCCAAUGGAUUACACCACAUAACUCUCCAAGAAUUUGAAGGAGAGGUCGUAACUUAGGUUACAGCCUCGGGGCAAGGAACAGCCACAAACAUAGGAUUUAGUGCCAAGCAUAAAGAUUGAAUCAAUAGGACCGAACUCCCAGAGUGUGAAGCCCUUUGGAGUAGGGGGAUGAGACUUGGUCUGGGGCAAUUGCACCGUUCUCUCCCUCCGCACAUGACUAAUCGAGAACGAACUUCGCAAUUAGAAUUACUCGACCUUCUCAGGCACUGCGGAAUGGUCCCAGAAAGGAUGAGAAAAGGGCUGCUGCCGGGCUAGGCUCCAUAAGG